UACAAAAGUAAAUAAAAAGGCAUUGAAAUCAUUACUCAAAAUCAUUGCAACAACAUACUAAAAGAAAGUAAAUGUUUAACAUACUGAUAAUAUACAUUCUCAUCAAUUAUGUCUACUGCGUGAACACCAACAGAAAGCUUGAUAAAAACAGUCUCGAAAUACUCGAACUGCAUAGAAAAUACAGACAGGAUUUAGUUGAUUGUAAAGUUGAUGGACAACCUCCAGCUAAAUAUAUGUCACCAUUGAAAUGGAAUUACAAUCUGGCUGCACAAGCACAAAAAUUGGCGAACAAAUGCAUCUUGCAACACGACAAACGUCAUUCGGAUGAAUUCUCUUGGGUUGGACAAAAUAUUGCUCUCUGUCCAACCAUUAAGUCAGGAGUAGAUGCUUGGUUCAAUGAGCACAAACUAUACGACUACAAAGAAAACAACUGUAUGGCAUGUUUGCAUUACACACAAAUGGUUUGGGCCAAGACCACAGACAUUGGAUGUGGAGUUGCGAGUUGUCCAAAGUACGGUCUAUCAAUCGUGUGUAAUUAUGGUCCAGGUGGUAAUUGGAAUAAUGAGAAACCAUAUGAAGUGAAAUCACGUGAAUUGUGCCCAAAAAUGCAGAAUAUUCCUAAAGGCAGUUUAGUACAUUUUAGUACAUUUUAAUGCUUUAUGAUUGGAACGUCAACUUUCCGUUUAUUUACGAUGAAUGAAUAAAUCGUAAUUUGCCGCUGUAUCUCAUUGCUACCCCGUGCAAUAUUAUUUCUCUCUACAAUAAUAUGUUAGCUAUUCGAAUUGAUUUUGCUUUAUUAUCAUCAUCAUCUGAUUUGAAUUUAUUCAGAAAUUGUGGUUACAUUGUUC